AUGGAUAUGGUAAAAAAGAAAAUUAAUAAUAUUAGAAGUGCCUUUCGAAAGGAGCACAAAAAAGUUCUAAAAUCAAAAAGAAGUGGAUCAUCUACAGAAGAGCUGUAUGAGCCAACUCUUUGGUAUUAUAAAUUACUGCUUUUUACGGCUUCGCAGGAAGAACCUAGGAUGUCAGUUUCAAAUGAUGAUGAGUCGGAGUCGGAGGGUGACGAUGCCAAUAAUGAGGAAGAUGUCACCCAGCAUGAUACUCAAUUUUCACCGCUUACUGAAGAUGCGUUGCAAGCACCGUCUGAAAUAUAUCAGCUAUCACCACCACAAACACCGCAUCAGUCAUCAACCUAUUCACGUCCAUCAACUUCCAGAUCUUCUAAUAGUGCAAAAAGAAAGAAGUAUGGACAGGAAGAAAGUAUCCAAAGAUUUGCGCUAAGUUGGACAGAGAAAAUGAUGAAUGUGACAGUAUUGGAGAAAAUGUGGCCCAUAAACUGCGCCGAAUGGACAGCGACCAGAAAAUGUAUGCUGAAUUAUUACUUCACCGUCUUCUCUUCCUUGGUGUUCAAAAGAAAUUAUGCGAGGAAUCUCAUAUAUGUAUAA